AUGGCCACUGCAAAUUAUGACCCCCACCUGGGCGCAGGCCCAUCCGAAGACUCGGAGAUCCUCCUUGAUGAUUCUGACUCGGGGAGUGUGCUUUCUGAUGACUCAGUGCUUCCUGACUAUGAAAAGGAUGAAGAUCAAAAAGAGACAGCUAAAACGUUGUACGAGGCCUGCUUCAGGAAUGACCCCACGUCCCUGCACAGGAUCCUUGAGAGAGGAGUCACUAAAGACGAGGCCAUGGAACUGGAUAUCAACGGCAGGAAUGGACUGAUGCUGGCCGUCGCCAAGGGAUUUGUAGACAUUGUCAUCAUACUACACACAUGUCCAUUUAUAGACAUCAAUCACCAAGACAAUGAUGGAAACACUGCUCUCAUGAUUGCUGCUCAGGCAGGUUUCAUCACCAUUUUAAACUAUAUUCUUAACUAUUACUCUGGUGUGGACACCGAGGUCAGGGAUCCUCGUGGCUUCACAGCCCUCAUCAAGGCAGGCCUGCAGGGCCGAGAAGAGUGUGUGUCCGCCCUGCUAAUGCAUGGUGCAGAUAUGAAUGCAAUGGAUCUGGUCCAAGGAAGAGGGCUAAAGGAUUGGGUCCAUAGGACAGGAGGCUUUGAGACUCUUAAGAGAAUACGCCGCCUGCAGACUUAUUCUGUCGCUGAGCAGUUCUGCGAAAGCUACAUUCCUGAGUGGCCUGAGCUGAAGCAACUGGUAGCAAAGGCCACGGCCACCAAAACAGCCAGUCAGAAGCUGAGGCAGCGCUUAAAAGACACCAUUUCUUUCAGCUUCCCUCAAGACCCCCAAGACAACGGGGUCAUGGACCAUAUGGUGCGGAUGACCACAAGCAUCCACAGCCCCCUGAUAGCCACUGGUUGCCGUCCACUCUGUCCCACUAGCCCCCCAGAGAUUGGCAAGCGCCGGUUCGCCGUCCCUGAACUGCUUGAAAAGCACAGCAGCAAGGAGUUGGAGGAAAGCACAGUGUCCCACAGUAAAGGCCCCAUCACCACCUCAGCUUCUCCUACUGCUGUGUCAGCCACCUCUGUAUCUCUGACAUCCUGCUGCCAGGACUCAGAUCGCAGAGAAAGCAUGCCAUCAGGGGGCAUGAGAAGCUUCAUUCCCCGCAGCAUAGCACACAGGAACAGCAUCUUCCCCUCGGGCUGUAUUCCCAAGAUCGAAGUGACAAGAUCUGGGGAGCCCACUCCAAAGAAAGAGAAAAAGAAGAAAAGGCAGAAGGGCUACCUGGAACCUCCCGUCUGGAAGUACAAGGAGGCCAAGGAGGAAAAAAAAAGGGAGAAGAAAGAAAAGGAAAAAGAACAAGAGAAAAAAACAAAGGGGUCCAAACGAAGCCAAAAAUGA